AUCACUGAUGUUCAGUGAUGUGUCUGUAGACUUCUCUCAGGAGGAAUGGGAAUGCCUGGACCCUGCUCAGAAGGACUUAUAUAGAGAUGUGAUGUUGGAGACUUACAGCAAUAUGGUUUCAAUGGGAACUUACAUCCCUAAGCCUCAAGUGAUCUCCUUAUUGGAACAAGGGAAGGAACCCUGGAUGGUUGGCAGAGAGCUGACAAAAGGCCUUUGUUCAGAUCUGCAAUCAAUGUGUGAAACCAAGUUAUUGUCUCUAAAGAAGGAAGUUUAUGAAAUAGAAUCAUGUCAGAGAGAGCUACUUGGACUUAAAAGGCAAGGCUUUGAGUACUCUAAUCUUAGAGAUAUCUUGGACUACAAAAUUCACUUGGAUAGACCCCUGGGGUAUUUUAGUCAAGAAAUAUUCACUCAUGAAUACAUGCCCAACUUUAUUGAACACACGUUCAAUACUCUACAUCAAAUCAUUAAUAAUGAAGAGAAACCCUAUGAAUGUAAGAAAUGUGGAAAAGCCUUUAGUCAGAACUCACAAUUUAUUCAACAUCAGAGAAUUCAUAUUGGUGAAAAAGCUUAUGAAUGUAAAGAGUGUGGGAAAUUCUUUAGCUGUGGCUCACAUGUUACUCGACAUCUGAAAAUUCAUACAGGUGAAAAACCCUUUAGAUGCAAGGAAUGUGGGAAGGCCUUCAGUUGUAACUCGUACCUUUCUCAACAUCAGAGAAUUCAUACUGGAAAUAAACCCUAUGAGUGCAAGGAAUGUGGAAAGGCCUUCAGUUAUUGCUCAAAUCUUAUUGACCAUCAGAGAAUUCACACUGGUGAAAAACCUUAUGAAUGUAAAGUCUGUGGGAAAGCAUUCACUAAGAGCUCACAACUUUUUCAACAUGUGCGAAUUCAUACAGGUGAGAAACCCUAUGCCUGUAAGGAAUGUGGCAAAGCCUUUACUCAAAGUUCAAAGCUUGUUCAGCAUCAGAGAAUUCAUACUGGUGAAAAACCCUAUGAAUGCAAGGAGUGUGGGAAAGCCUUUAGCAGUGGCUCAGCACUUACCAAUCAUCAGAGAAUUCACACUGGGGAGAAACCCUAUGAUUGUAAAGAAUGUGGAAAGGCUUUUACUCAGAGCUCACAACUUCAUCAACAUCAGCGAAUUCAUGCUGGUGAGAAACCCUUUGAAUGUCUUCAAUGUGGGAAAGCCUUCACUCAAAAUUCACAACUUUUUCAACAUCAGAGAAUUCAUACAGAUGAAAAACCAUAUGAAUGUAAUGAAUGUGGAAAGUCUUUUAAUAAAUGCUCAAACCUGACUCGGCAUCUGAGAAUUCAUACCGGUGAAAAACCCUUUAACUGUAAGGAAUGUGGGAAGGCAUUUAGUAGUGGAUCAGACCUCAACCGUCAUCAAGGAAUCCAUACUGAUGGAUUUUAA